GUAAGGGCAACAGGUCAGGUGGUUUUCAUGCCGGUAGCCGGUUGAGAGAGCACGUCGCCUUAGCGGGUGGAAGCCGGGAUUCAAGAUGGAGGAGUACGCGCGUGAACCUUGCCCAUGGAGAAUAGUGGAUGACUGCGGUGGGGCCUUCACAAUGGGAGCCAUUGGUGGUGGCAUAUUUCAAGCAGUCAAAGGAUUCAGAAAUUCUCCAGUGGGUAUGAAUUAUCGGUUGCGAGGUAGUCUAACAGCUAUUAAAACCAGGGCACCACAGCUGGGAGGAAGCUUUGCUGUCUGGGGUGGUCUGUUCUCCAUGAUUGAUUGUGGUAUGGUGAAAACAAGAGGAAAAGAGGAUCCUUGGAAUUCUAUCACUAGUGGGGCCCUGACUGGUGCCAUAUUAGCUGCAAGAAAUGGGCCAGUUGCCAUGGUUGGAUCAGCUGCUAUGGGAGGAAUUCUUCUAGCUUUAAUUGAAGGGGCAGGUAUUUUAUUAACAAGAUUUGCAUCUGCACAAUUUCCAAAUGGUCCUCAGUUUUCAGAAGACCCCUCUCAGUUUCAAACUUCCCCAUUUGGAGACUACAGGCAAUAUCAAUGAUUGUAUAUAUUCUUCCCUUCUGUGCUGUACAAGCAAGUCGUUGCCCUUAAAAGAAGAAGCAAGAUGCAGCAUCACUUGAAGACUUUUUACUAGAUGUGUACACUUAGAUGUUUCUGUAUUUUUCACAAUAUUUAAAUUAUGAAUAGUAGAAUUCCAUUAUUGUAAAGUGGAUAUGAAAUGCCUGAAAAACUCCUUAGUUUGGUCUUGUCUUAAGAGGACCAAGCAGUGUAUUGUUUCAGAAAAACUUGAAGCCAUGGCCUUUAUUGUACAGCAUUAACUAUACUGGUGCCAUUAAGGGACAGAGCAGCCAUGCAACACUGGAGGUGCCUCCCCUAAGUAUCUGAGUGUUUCUUCUUAUAGGGCAAUUGAAGUGGGCUGUUUUCUAUUUUGUAUUAUGUGAGCUCUCUACAAUUAGAUCUUAUGUCAUUCACAUAAGUGCAUAAAGAUGCUAAACUUGCACAUGUAAAUCUGUUGCUCCUAAAUAUGACAAAUCUGCAGAGCAAAAACAUUAUUCCCCUUUCUGUUCUUGUACAAUCUUUGCAGGUCCUGAAUAUCUGUAAACAUUAGCGGGUUUGAGUGGCCUUUCCAUUCCUGAAUAUGAAUUAGCAAUAUAUUCACACUGCGUUAGAUCAGAUCACUUUGCAGAAAAGUAGACAUGUAAAAGGGCAGAAUUGAUCCAUCUUAGUCAUGCUUGCAAAUCCAAGUACCUGACACACACUGUUCAACUGCUAGGUGUUUUCCCCCAGAGACUCUGUGCAGAGUAGAAACAUACCAUUUAUAUUAAUUCUAAAAAUGUGAAUGAAGAAAUGACUCUAUCCACGAGCUGUAUGACUGCACAGGCUGUAGAGUAGGUGGGUGUGGGAACAUUUUAGGUAUUUGAAACAGAAAGAUACAGCAAUCAUGUUUUAAAAAGUUGUGAUUCAAGAAAACUUAUAAUGCACUACCUGCAGCAUCCCUUUGCAAAACUAAAUGUAAAUUACAGUUAUCUAGUGGCACCUUUCUCUCAUUAAUCCAUUGUAAAAUGCUAAUUUUCACACAGAUUAUAUAAAGAUCCAGGUAUUUAUAUACACAUACAAACUUUCUGUCCAUUCUGCAUGGUUCUGAGCUAGUAGGCCAGUGUCUUAAUUAAACUACUUCAUGUGUAUCUUGGGUAUUUGAGAAGUAAGUGCUUUCCUGCAUAGAAAACAUAGUUUUCAGCCAUGGGAGUGAUAUCCUAAAAUUUGAAGUGUUACAGCCCAGACGUCAGGAACACCUCUACUUGUUGUCUUGCAUGAAUGAGUGAAACUCAAUAAUGCUGUUACCUAGGGGAGAUCUCUCUUAGCACAAGCUCAUUGUGUUAAGUAACUUCCUCCAAUAAAUACACUGCCCUGUUUAUGACA